CCGUUCCGGCGCCGUUGGAGACGGGAGCAGACCGAGUGAGGAGCCAUGAUGGGACGCGGGAUGGGAAGAUGUUGGAAUCUUCCGGAAGGCACUUUGGAAGGGGGAUGCUGCACGAAAGGGGGCUCCUCGGAUUCCCGCCACAUCUCCAAAAAAGCUCUCUGCGUCGGCCUCUCGGCUUCCCUGCUCCUUAUCCUCCUGGCCCUCGGUUUGACUGGCCACCUCGAGUUGCCGCAUCGCCUCUGGCAGUCUUCACAGGCUGUCCGAUUCACCGCUCCAGACCCGGCAGGGGUCCUGCUCCUCAACCAGUCGGCAAUCGUGGACCAGCAGAACGGCCUCGUGACCUUUUCUGUGACCGCGCGGGCGAAUCGGACGUCCACUGUGCUCUUUGACAUGAAUCGUGGCUUGGUAUGUUACCAGCCGGUCCACCAGGAGAGCUGCUUCUUGCGGACCAUGGAGACAUCGGACUAUGAGAACGUGCACUCCCUUCUUCAAGCAUCGGUACACAAGAAUCCGUUCCAGCUUUCUGCAAACGAGACUCGCCGGCGCACGGAGUUCUUGGGGGUCCUGCCUGCUCUUCAGACAGAUGCCUCUACCUUAGAAGAGCCUCUGAAGCUUCUGUGUGAGGAUAAGACUAUUCACUGGACCAAGAGGGCCGAAGGGCCGGGCAAACAGCGGCUGGUCUAUUUCUGCAUCGACAUAUGCUUUCCCAACAACAUCUGCGUGUCUGUUUGCUUUUACUACCUACCGGAGUAAUUCUCGAUCUCUAACAAUCA